GUUGAUCCUUUCCGGCUGCCGUAGUUGCGGAAGUGGCAGUGUACACGCCCAUGUUAAGUUCUCUAGCUGCUGCUAUCACCUACAAGUGUUUAUAUUUCAAGAUAUCAAGGGACAAGAGCCGUACAAACAUCCCUGCACUUAUAACUUCACUGGAUGAAUCGUGUAUGAGUUUGUAAAGUGUGACAAAGAAUGGCAUCUAUCGCAGUUUAUUCGCAUCGAGACCCUAUGCUGAAGAAGAGAGACGACUUUGAGGACAUUUUGGAGGAGAGGAGGAACUCCAGCGACCUGAGAUACGCCCUCAGAUGUUACGCUCCGGUUCUGUAUAAAGGAGUGGCGCCGUGUAAAUCCGGCAUGCUGAAGAGCAUGGUGCUUCAGUCUGAUCAGCUUCACUAUGUCAUCAAUCAGCUGUCCAAAGAGACGGGCAGGACGACUGCUGACGUCCAGGUGCAGGCGUCGGCCAUCUUGGAGGAGAUGGCUCACUGUCUGCAGCUCAGCACCGUUCGCUUCUUCGCCUUCACACUCUGCAAGGUGUUUAAAACCUUGUUCAGGAGCAUCUGUGUGAACGAAGAGGGCAUCCAGAGGCUCCAGCAGGCCAUUCAGGAGCACCCGGUAGUCCUGCUGCCCAGUCACCGUAGUUACAUGGACUUCCUGCUGAUGUCAUACAUCCUGUUCACCUACGAUCUGUCUCUGCCUGUCAUCGCUGCCGGCAUGGACUUCAUGGGGAUGAAAUUUAUUGGGGAGAUGCUGCGGAUGUCUGGAGCUUUUUUUAUCCGGAGGUCGUUUGGCGGAGACAAACUGUACUGGACUCUCUUCUCAGAGUACGUCAAGACCAUGCUCAAGAAUGGAUAUGCACCCGUUGAGUUUUUCCUAGAAGGGACCAGAAGCCGGACGUCCAAGUCUUUGACUCCAAAGUUGGGUCUGUUGAAUAUAGUCAUGGAUCCGUUCCUUAAAGGCGAGGUGUUCGAUGUUCACGUGGUACCGGUCAGCAUCAGCUACGAGAGGAUCCUGGAGGAGACGCUUUAUGCCAGAGAGCUGCUGGGUAUCCCCAAACCCAAGGAGUCCACUUCAGGUCUGUUCAAAGCCAGAAAGGUCCUCAGUGAAGACUACGGCAGUAUCCAUGUGUACUUCGGUCAACCUGUGUCUGUUAGAAGUUUAUCCGAAGGCAAAGUUAACCGCUGCCAGUUCAACCAGCAACCAAGACACAUCCCCAGGAGGACCGGCGAGGACAUCAACAGCUUUGUGAACGACUCGGCCUACAGGCUGGUGCGGGCCCAGGAGGAGAACAUGGUCCUGGCGCCGUGGGUCCUUCUGGCCUCCCUGCUGCUCCAGAACCACCACCAGAACCAGACGCAAGGGAUGGCAGUCGACGAGCUGACCGCACAAGCCGUGUGGCUCCGGGAUGUUUCCCGGCAGUACGGAGCCUUCCUCCACUGGCCCGAGCACAUUCCUCCAUCAGAGGUAGUUUCCUCCAGUCUGUCUCUGCAUCGAGGUCUAGUGAGGAUCUGUGAGGGACGAGUCCAGCUGGCAGUGGAACCAGCCGGAGCACCAGCGGGGCCCGGGGAGCCUCACAGCUCCGUCACACAGGAAGAGGAGCUGUUGAGCCGGGCAGUCACCGUCCUCUCCUGCGCCUCCUACAGGAACCAGGCGCUGCACAUCUUCGUCCGACCGGCUCUGCUGGCCUCAGCCAUCCACACCGCCUCCUCCUGCCAGAAACAGGAGGUCUUCAACAGUUUCAGCUUCCUCAGAAACAUGUUCUCCAAUGAGUUCAUCCUCUGUCCAGGAGCUACAGUGCAGGACUUCGAGGAGGCCUGUUACCUGCUGGGGAAGACUGGAGCUCUGCAGGUGACCCAGCAGGAGGUUCUGGUAACAGAAGGAGGACACAGAACUCUGGCCUUCCUCAGCAACAUGCUGGAUCCCUUCUUACAAGGAUACCAGGUGGUGUGCAGGUUCCUCUGUGAAGAGGUCACUGAGACUCUGACAGAAAAACUAUUUAUUCCUGCCGUCCGGAAGUUCAUCAUCAAACAUCUUCUCGAAGGUAGAUUAAGAUACACUGAGGUGUUGUCGUCUGACCUGCAGAAGAACUCUCUGGCAGCUUUGCUAAGAAUUGGAGCGGUACGGAAAGUCCAAGGAGUGGAGCAGGCGACGUUAAAGGUCAACAGGGUGAUGGUGAACUCGUUGGAAGACACUCUCGGUGGAAAACUCCCCACUCAGAAAGCUGUGGUCGCUCGCCUCUAAUUCACCGACCUCGUUAGCCAAAAGGCGACCGAGGAGGGUCGAAUGUUUCCACCUGCAUCGACGAUGUCUCAGCUCUUCUCUGCGUGGUCGACUCGCUUCAGACGGACGGCUUUCUAUGAGAGUGGAACAAAACAAAAGAAUUGCCAUCUGGUGACGGCUCAAUUUAUUAAUUUCAACAUCUUUUCAAUUCGCCUUUUUUCUUUCUCUCAGAUCUUUCUAUUAAAACUCUUUUAUACAUAUUAAUAAAGCCAGAUGAUGAGUAAGGCUUUUGAAAGGUACACCGCUGAGCUCUUUGCCUCUGAAAAACUGACCUUUUGCUAUUAGCAGCCUUGUGAAAGCUUCUGAAUGUGCAAAAUCCACUCAGGAUGGUGGCCGCUCUCCAUUAAUGCAUCUGACGUGUGUGUCCUCUAACACUCGGCGUGGCUUUUCUUUGUGUGAUUCUCAGUGUGUCAGUUUAUUAGCUGUUAGUCUUGAUCUUUGAGCACUUUAAUGAAUUUAUUCAUGCAAUGUGGUGUGGGCCUAUAUUUUAACACUCUUUUGAUAAACAGUUUUCUCUUUUUUUUACCAGUUUAAUUUUUUUAUGGAACACAAGUUGCUGAAAUGGAUGGAUAAGAAAACU